UUUUUCUGUUAUUUUUCUCUGCAUUGUUAUUAAAGUUGUUUUUUUGUUUCUUGUUUUUUUGUUUCUAAAAGAAAUUGAUAGUGCUUUUCUUGGUGAUCGGGUUCCAUUCUUUGUUUCUCGGUUCCGCGGUGCUGGUUUCACAUAAAGGGAUUUUUCUUUCUUGUUCGUAUUGUGUUUUCGGAUUGUUUUGAUUAUUCAGAUUUGAUUGUGUGAAAAAAGCAAGGGAUUUGACGCGUUUGAUUAGGGUUUUGUCCCCUUCUCACUGAAGUUGUUAUCUUUUUGGAUUCUUUGUUGGGGCUAGGGUUUACUGUUGCGCUUUCGCUUCAUACUGGGGGAACAAUGGAUUGUGAAGAUUGUACGGACCUGUUGAAGACCAAAGGAGGAGUUCCCUCCCACGAACUUCUGAAGAGAUUGGAUGAAGUUAAGAAGCUGGAUGAAGCUCCGAAAUUGGAUGAAGCUAAGAAAGUGGAUGAAGUUUGUGACAUUUGUGAAGCUGAUAAGGGUAUUGUUGCUGAGGAGCCGCUAUUAACGGCGACUGAAGGAAUCCCCUGUAUUGGGCCCAUCACUCCUGAUCACAAGCGCGAGAAUGGGGAGUUCUUAUUUGAUUCGAAGUCUCCUCUUACACUGGUUUCUUCGUCUCGAACAGAGGUUUCGAGCGAUCUGUGUGGAGAUGAUGACCCUACGACUUCCUCUGUUAAAGGCAGCCCUCGUACUCCCCGGGAGGGUGUUUUUGACCCUUUUGCACCUGGUCCAGAGGAGCUACUGGCGUUGGCUCCUAUGUGUAAGAAGUCUUUGGCUGCAUCACAGAUCAGUGUUUCACGGCAGCUUCACUUUGAAUCUUCCCUCGAGCUAAUCGGAGAUGGAGAUUGUGGAAUUGGACCAGAUUCGCCCCCAGAUGAAGAUAAGUUGUUGGAAUCAGUAUAUGGAACUCUGUUGGAUGCCAUUGUUUCAGAGCAAGCAGAGGGAGUUCUGGCCAAAGUUGCGCCGAUUGAAGAAUCAGAUUGUGAUGGUUUUAAGACACCUGAUACUGCACCUCGCUUGAAUGGAGUUGCUGAAACCUGCCCUGCUGCUCCCAUGAAGACUCAGAGGAAACUGAGGAACAUUGAUCUGGGCUUGCGCAGAAAGCUUGAAUUCUGACUGCAACUCUGAGGUGCUCUAUACUUUUGACCCAACUUGAUGUUAUCUAACGAAGGCUCACUAUUGAUUUCAUUUUGUUGAACUAAAGCAUGUUUGUUAGGAAAAUAAGGUUGCAAGUUUUACAUCUAUAGAUUCUGUAUCGAUGAGAAGGAUAUUAGUCCUUUGACAUUCACUGUGGCACAAUGGUUACUGGAUUAGUUUCACCAUCGAUGAGGACUAAUGGGUUAUUGUUAUUAUUAUUAUUUUGAAGAUGUAUUUUAAGAUGUAAUGGCUGGUGUUUUAUGAUUUUGUGAGAUUGUACGGGUGUAAAUGGCUCUUUUUGAGGAUCAUCAUGAAUGAUAAAAAGCAGCAUUUUGUAAGAAUUGAGUUGUAUUUUUUGUAAUGAAAAGUGAAAUGAAAUGUUUUAUAAA